CACAGAGAUAGAGUUUCCAAUUAAGAAAGGAUAAAAAGACACUUUUCCAUUACAGAAACGAACCUCUCCUCCCAUUGUUUUUCCUCUUUCUGAUAUUCUUUUUGGGUAUUGGAUCCUUUCCGCUUACUCUUCUUGGCCAGUACAGAUUUUUGGGACUCUAUUGGGUUUUAGUGAAUACAGUAAAAAAAAAAAUAUAUACUAUAGGUGCCUAGAAGGCUAGAAGGGAGGUACUAUGGUAUUGAGCAUUUACAUUUGACAAGGGAAAAGGUGAAACGGAUAAUAGAAGAUUUUAGAGGAUCUUAUUUAUCAUAUAGUGUAGUGAAAUGGGUGCUCCUUUAUCAGCCUGGCCAUGGGAGAACUUUGGAAUAUUCAAGUAUCUGUUAUAUGGGCCAUUUGUGGCAAAAGUCCUUUAUGAAAGGUUCUAUGAUGAGGAACACUCCAACUCCAACAACUUGAGCUGGUGUCUUCAUUUGCUCAUACUAUGUGGUCUCAGAGGUCUAAUUCAUACCCUUUGGACUUGUUAUGGUAAUAUGCUUUUUCUUGUUAGAAAUCGAAGGAUUGUUCAACAGGGGGUUGAUUUCAAGCAGGUUGACAAAGAAUGGGACUGGGACAAUUUCUUGAUUCUUCAGGCACUAGUUGCCUCCAUAGCCUGCUACAUGUUUCCCUUUCUUCAACAUCUCCCUCCCUGGAAUGUAAAGGGUCUUAUUGUUGCUCUGAUGCUCCAUGUGGGAAUCUCAGAGCCACUUUAUUAUUGGGUGCAUAGGAGGUUUCAUGGAGACUAUCUUUUCACCCAUUAUCACUCACUUCAUCAUUCAUCUCCAGUACCACAGGCAUUUACUGCUGGAAAUGCAACACUUCUGGAGCAUCUGAUUUUGACGGCAGUGAUUGGAAUCCCUAUCCUUGGGACUUCUGUGUUGGGAUAUGGAUCAGCAACCUUGAUAUAUGGUUAUGUUUUGAUUUUUGAUUUCCUGAGAUGCUUUGGCCAUUGCAACGUUGAAUUUGUUCCACAUCAGUUGUUCGAGAUAUUUCCAAUUCUUAGAUAUGUGAUAUACACGCCAACAUAUCACUACCUACACCACACUGAUAAGGACACUAAUUUCUGCCUCUUCAUGCCUCUCUUUGACGCACUAGGCAAUACGCUUAACAGCAAAUCAUGGCAAUUACACAAAAAAUUAAGUUCAGGUUCAGGAAACGGUGGUCCCGUACCGCAUUUUGUUUUCCUGGCACAUGUAGUGGAUGUCACAGCCAGUUUGCAUGCUCCGUUCGUCUUUCGAUCCAUUGCUUCAUUGCCAUUCACAACAAGGCUUUUUAUGAUUCCAUUGUGGCCUUGCACCUUCAUAGUUUUGCUAGCAAUGUGGGUUUGGUCCAAGACCUUUUUAAUUGCUUUCUACUACCUCAGAGGUCGACUACACCAAACAUGGGUUGUACCUAGAUGUGGCUUCAUGUAUUUCUUGCCAUUUGCUACUGAGGGAAUUAAUAAGCAAAUUGAGCAAGCUAUCCUCAGGGCCGAUAGAAUUGGGGUUAAAGUCAUUAGCCUCGCUGCAUUGAAUAAGAAUGAAUCCCUAAACGGAGGUGGAAAGCUUUUUGUGGACAAGCACCCAAACCUUAAGGUUCGAGUUGUUCAUGGGAACACCUUAACUGCUGCUGUCAUUCUUAAUGAUAUCCCAGAAGAUGUGAAAGAGGUGUUCCUAACAGGAGCUACAUCCAAGCUUGGAAGGGCAAUUGCACUCUACCUUUGCCAAAAGAAAGUCAGAGUUCUGAUGUUAACUCUUUCAACGGAUAGAUUUCAGAGGAUUCAAAAGGAAGCCCCUCUUGAAUACCAAAGCUACCUUGUCCAAGUGACAAAAUACCAAGUAGCACAAAACUGCAAGACUUGGAUUGUUGGUAAGUGGAUCACUCCAAGAGAGCAAAGCUGGGCACCACGUGGAACCCAUUUUCAUCAAUUUGUUGUCCCACCCAUUUUCUCAUUUAGAAGAGAUUGCACUUAUGGUGAUCUAGCGGCCAUGAGAUUACCAGAAGACGUGGAAGGCCUUGGAUACUGUGAGUACACUAUGGAGAGGGGAGUAGUUCACGCAUGCCAUGCAGGAGGAGUGGUACAUAGUCUUGAAGGUUGGUCUCAUCAUGAAGUUGGAGCCAUAGAUGUUAACAGGAUCGAUCUUGUGUGGAAAGCAGCACUCAAACAUGGUUUAAGGCCCGUAUCAAGAACCACACAAUAAUUUAUUUUUUUUCUUUCUUAAAUAAAAAAAAGAAAUUAAAAUCCUUGUUAAUUAAGUAUCUUUCUAAAUUUCUUUCUUCUGUGUUUUGGUAUAUUGCACAUCAUCAAAGUGGCCAUCAAAGCGUGGUUAUAUUCUUCAAAGUCGCUGUACUAAGUUACUCAUAUUUAUUAUAUGUUCAUAUGAUCACUUUCACAGUGAUUCAUAGUAUAGAUGAUGCGAAAGCAAACUA